CUGAUAAUGACUAGUUGCUGCUGGCACUGCUUAUUUUGCGUAACAAAAGAUAGUUGUUUACGUGACGACCAUUAUUACGGUAAAUCAUUCUGGUGUUGUCAACCUAUCCAUGAAUUCCUGUAUCGACUUCUGCGGUUUGUUAUUGGCGCAACGGCAAUGACGAUUUCGUACGUUAGCAAUGCCGCAAACACGCUGCUUCCACCAAGUUUUCCACAUGCGCGCUAAGUCCAAUGCCGACGGAUAUAUAUAUUUGGCGACUCGCAUUUUCAUUCCAAGUUCAAGUAUUCCCCACUUCCCCACAUUCGAGUAGUGAACUUCUCAGCCCUUCAACUACACCGGACCUGGAGCGUGCUUACUACUAAGAAGCGUUAUCUCAACGAUGGCAGACUGCGGUGUUCAGCUACAGUCAUUUUUGCCGUCCUCUGUGACAAGGUUGGCAUCGGCGGGUUUCAGCCCAUCCCCUUCACGAACGGCCUCUCUGGGCGGGAGCUGGCACCCAGGACUUAAUUGCCAUGGCAUCGGCUGGAAGCAAAUAAUUCACCCAGAUGCUGGGUGUUACUACGUCUAUCCGGAGCAGAACAUAUAUACUUGGUCUAACAUCUCUGACACAAGAGUACGCUGUCUUGUGAUGGAAGCCGUGCAACAGUUGGAUAGAAGCUCCGAGCUGCAAUCCUGGCUUCAGGGAGACAAAGAUAUCUGUGUCGUGCUGAAUGUGGAAGACUACUCGUCGCAAACUUGUCUUUAUUACUUUGUAUCUCAUAUUGACCAACGCAUCUUCUGGUUGAGGGAGCAUAGCGAAGUGAAGCUGCGCUGUGCGUCGAAACAGUGUCGACGGCAUCCAUCCCAAUCACAUUGUAUAUUGGAUCAAUACUGGAAGCAUUGCGAAUUAUUCCCAACACCACAUUCCCUCACUCACGAUGUCAUUAACUAUAUGAAGGACGUUUUGAUACAAGCAUCGGGAGAACGUAUGACGGUGAAAUACUCCACAUCGCCUUACACCAUGGAUGAUCUAUCCCAUAUGCUUUGCCUUGUCAAGGAGAUCGAAGCGGACAGUAAAAUGCGAUGUAGUGACCAUUCUGCAUGGGUUAUUGCCAAGUUAAUGUCUCUCCAUGUCAAUGGUGUCCUCCGAAGCUCUUAUGGUCAAAUCGACGACUAUUUUGAUAUCGACUACUCGGGGACGACUGGCAGAGGGCCCUACGAACGAAGCUGGCUUAUGAUUUUACUCGACCCACUUCUCUUUAGAUGUGCGGACGCAUACGCGGAGCAACUCUAUGCUUUCUACGACAGUUUCAGCCCAGUAAGUUGGUCGCGUUUCGUAAGAAAAGUGGACGUGAGUAUCCGCGACUCCAACCUGCUGGCGACUGUUCUCCUUAGCACGAGUGUGGGCUUUCUUCAGAUCGGCAGUAUUGACGCAGCAACGGGCCCGGGAAAGAGAUCUGCUGUACAAAUCAUUGUUUAUACCUCGAUCAUAUGUAGUAUCGGCAGCAUCAUCGUUGGGCUGCUCAUGACGCAACAAUAUCGUGCCAAGGGAGCGGAUACGCCGUUGCGUGCGGUGGCUCUCCUCAAACGCAUCCUCAAAAAACCUUACGGUCUGGAAAGACUUGCCAUCGCAUGCUGUCUUCCCACCGUCCUACUCAUGUGGAGUCUUGUUACAUUUCUGACUGCACUCUGUGUCGUAUUCUAUUACCAAACAGGCAUUGCCGUUCGGAUCCCGGUCACUGUUGCCCUCGGUGUGAUCUUCCUUUCACUAAUUGGCUGUCUGCAUACAUCGGGUAUGCAGUUAUUCCCACGCGAGGCUCGAAACGGACGACACAAAGAGGAGACUACUACUGUCACUGGCUAGCAUUGCUCUUCUGGUACGACGCCUCCGCGCGACUUCUUACCGGGACUUUUGAAACGUGUUACCACCUAACUGCUUAAUUCCAUACCUCGAA